AUGCAGUAAUAAUAAUAAUAGCAAUUAAGAUCAUCUUAAAUUAGAAGACAAUCAUCAAAUAGUGCACUUGAUGAGUAACCAUUCCUAAAAUUUUUGGCUGAAAGUAAUUAUUUAGAAAGUGAACAAUCAUCAUAAGAAAAACAUUAAAAAUUAACAAAAUGCAAAACUGAACAUUCUCUUUAGCCAAUUUAGUUCCUCAACUCUAAUUCAUUUACUGUUAGCGAUAAGAAGGUAUGUUCAUAUAAUAUAAAUUCUAGUUUUCAUUUCCUACAAAUGAAAUUCUUGAAUGGGAAACUCUAUAAAUAACUUUGCCACCAGAAGUUUAUUAAUUUUUAUUGUAUAUGAAAACAUAAUGUAGUAAUGGUACUAUUGUUUAUACAAAUGAAUAAAUAUAAGGUUUGUUAGAUGAUAGUAAAGUAAUCAUGUAUAAAUAGAUAUAUUAAAAAUAGUAAAAAUUAAUUAGAAUUAUUUUAAAAAUUGAUUGAUAAAGAUUGGAUAUCAAAAACAACAAGAUUAUUUAAUGAUAUUGCUAUUAAUUUUUAUGCAUUAUCAGUUAAAAAGUUAACCUAUGAAAAUUUAGUUUGGAUUAUCAGAUCCAUUAAAAGAGAUUUGAUUACUCCAACUGAAAGAUUAGUUCAAAGUAGAAUUAAAGAAUGUUAUGGUUUAAAAUACAAUAGAAUAGAAUGGGAACUUAUAAUGAAUUAAUUGAAAUCUUAAAAAUAAUAAAUUAAAUUCCGUUCAUCUAAUGGAAAACUUAUAGAAUUGCCAUUACUUUAAGUUAAAAACAUUAAGGAUCCAUUAAUAUAAGAGGAAACAUAUGGAAUUUAUAUUUAUUAAUAAAAUUGGAUUGUUGAAGAUGAAUUUCAACCAGAAUUAGAUAAAAAAUAGGAGUGGACUAUAUUUAUAGAAUUUUUAAUGGAUUUUUUUGCUAAAACAAAUGCUUAAAAUAAUAAAAUCUUAAAAGGAGGUAGAUAUGGAUGUGCAUAAUUUAUUAAGUUAUUAGGACCUAAGAAAUUAAGAGAAUUAUCUCUGGGUAGAUUAACAUUAUAUGUCUAAAUGGCAGUUAAUAAGAAUUAUAUUCGAUAUAAUAAAACUAUAUUAAUAUAAGAAAGCAGAGAGAAAUCAGAACAUACAACUGAUAGUUCUGUUGAUGGUGAUCCUUAAAUUAAAUUAAGAGUCUAAGAAUUAUAAGAAUAAUUGAUAGAAUUAUUAUUGGAAAAUCCAGAUGGGUAUGAUAUAAUAAUUAAAUAAGAGUGUAUCGUUGGCAUAAAUACCUACAUUAUUAAAAGAAAGAGUCAAUUUUGAAUUGAAUUUAAUUGAAUUAGGUUUUCCAAAACUCAAAAAUUUUAUAGAAAGUGUUAAGGAUGUCAUUACAAUUGAAAAUAGUGGUCGAAAUAAUUUUAUUGCUAAAUUAAAUUAUUCUAAAUUACCUAAAAAAUAUUAAAGUAUUUCUAUUAUUUUUAAAUUAUUAGAAAUAAAAUAAAGUGAAUCAUUUACUUAAAAAUAUAUUUAUACUGUCUUAUAAAUGAUAAAAAAUAUUUUGAGUAAACAUAAAUAUGGAAUCAGUAUUAAUUAAUUAUACUAUGAUUUAUCUUAAUAAUUAGGAGAAUGGUUUAAUUAUUAAAGAUUUUAAUGUUAAAGUUUUUUUUAAUUUUUAUAAAAUUAUGCUGAAAAUAUUUUAGUUAUUGUUUGUUAGAAAGGGAAUUAAUAUUUAAUUUAUGAAAGAGACUUAAGAUUUUUACCACCUCCAUAACCAACUCAAGACAUUAAUGAUCAAUAAUUUGAAUAUAUAUUAAGCGAAGCUUUUUAAUGUAGUUUAGGUUUAUCGAUACCAUAAUCUAGCUUUUCUAAUAGUUGGUUAGGUAAGGUUGGAGAUUCAUAAAUUAGAUAAAAAUCACCUCCUAGAAUUGAAGAUUCUCAUUAAGAAAUUAAAGAUAAUCUUAAAUUUAUUGAUGAAUUAUUAGGUAUAUAUAUAUAUUUUAAAAUAUUUAGGAAAUGAAAAUAAAUAAAAUGAUACUUAUUCAAUUCAAGAUUGGUCAGAAAAAUCUAUGAAUCCUUUAGGAAUGAUUAGUUCAAUUAAUUAUGGUCAUAGUGAAAUAUAAGAUUUUGAUCUAACAAAGGAAUUACAAUUCUCAAUACAAUAAUAAUAAAAUUAAGAUAUAAAAAAAAAAUGA